AUGGAGAUAAGUGAGCAAGAGCUUGGUGAAAUUGGCCGUUCCUUAUUUGUCUCAAGUCUUCUUGCUACAUUGACCCCAACCAACUUCGAAGACAGUUCCAGGUGGCUCGAGAUAAACAAUGAAAAAUUCGUCGAUCACGACUUUCCCCCAACUCAGUUUUCACUGAUCAAAGACCCUAAAAACAGUCCUCGCACCAAACCUUGGAGUCGUUUUGUAUGGAGAAGGGCAACUGAAGUUUACCCAGAGAAUGAGCUUGCUCUCUUCUUAGAUGGAGUUUACCCUGACGAUAUCAGACAAGGAGCACUUGGUGACUGCUAUUUCCUGUGUGUUUUGAGCUGCUUGGCUGAAAAAGCAGACAGAAUCACAAAAUUAUUCAUCUCGAAAAACGCCCACAAGAAUGGCCUUUACGCUGUCCAGUUCUGUGUAGAUGGCGAAUGGAAAGAAAUCGAAAUCGACGAUUACUUGCCAUGCGGCAGUGCCACAUCAGGCCCUUGCUUCUCUAAAGCUUCUGGCAACGAGCUUUGGGUUCCUUUAUUAGAAAAAGCUUGGGCAAAAGUGCUCGGGUCAUAUGAAAGAGUAGAAAGUGGAAACUCAGUUGAUGCAUUCAGAGAUCUAACUGGAGCUCCAACCCAGCAAUACAAGCUUGACGAGACUUCGUGGGACAAAAUCUCUGAAGGCACUGAAAAAGGAUUCAUUAUGUGCGCACAGGCUGGAAGCACCAAGGCUUCUCAAAGACUUCUUGAGUCAAUGGGACUUGUAGGUGCCCAUGCCUAUGCAAUAAUCCAAUCAGCUGAAGUAGAAACCGCUGAUGGAAAAGUUAAGCUUGUUGAGCUUAGAAAUCCAUGGAGCACUUUGGAAUGGAAAGGAGACUGGAGCGAUCACUCUGAUAAAUGAACUCCAGAACUCAGGUCUGCUUUGCAUGUGACUGAUGAAGACGAUGGAACUUUUUGGAUGAGCUAUGAAGAUUUCAUGGACUAUUUCUCGAAUUUGUUAGUCUGCAGAAUCAAUGAUGAUUACGCUUAUUCAUCAAUCAAAUUAAAACAGCACAAAAAUGCCCACAAUGUAGUCAGAAUUGCUGUCCCUCAAGAUGGUACUUAUUAUUUAAGCGCAAAUCAAAAAGAUAAGACUUCUUCAAGCCACGCUGGCUAUGAAUAUUCAUAUGGAAGAGUAAUUAUUUCAAGAGAAACUGAUGAAGGCCUGCAAUACGUUGGAGGCUUCGCUGGGGCUGAUAGGAACUUGUGGUAUGAGGCAAAUCUUCAAGCAGGAAACUACCAAGUUCAUGUAGAAUACAACACUACAGCAGAGGCUAAACGAUACGUUUUAAGUACUUAUGGAACUUCUGCUACUACCUUUGAAGAAAUUCCUGAGACUGAAGGCUUCCUUGAACAAGUCCUUAAAUCAAGAGCUCUUUUAGCUAAUAAAGCUACCUCUUAUGCAGAGCAAGGGCUUCCAGACUGCACCAAAUAUCAUGAAAUUUUACCUGAAGGGUAUGGAUAUUACUUCAUUAAAAAUCUAUCAACUGAUGGCUCUGCACUACAAGAAACCUGCUAUUUCAAGUCUUUCAAAAAUCUUGAAUUGCACCCACCAUAUGGAGAUGCCAAAUAUCAAGUCAUCGUCGGUCCUGGCCAAGAGGUCAUUAUUGUUUUCCACCAAGUGAACCCUGAAAAGAAAUGCUCGAUCAGCACUUCAGUCACAUCAGAAAAAGUGACUGAUAAAAGAACCAUUCAUGAGAGAGCCAAAUCCACUGGAGCGGUCGUAAAAAGAAAAGACCCGAACACCAAUAAAGAUUUAGACAUUUUUGUCUAUACUCUUAAACAUGAAGAAGGCGUCGUCUAUCUUUAUGAGAAUAAAAGCAAUAAAAUGCUGAACGAAACAGUGGUCUUAACUUAUAAAGGUCUUCAAUUAAUUGGGCAUGACUCUGAUAGAGUAGUUGUGAGAUUAGGGCCAGGAGAAAGCUAUACUAUUGAGCUGAGAGCAGUGGAACCUAAAUGGACCAUUAACGCAGCGGUGAGCUACACCAUUUCUUAACUCCCCUUACCGUGAGCGUGCAAAGCAUUGGAAAAAUUCCUUUUUUUGGGUAAAAAUCCACCCUUUGUGAGAAACAAAAAAAGUUUUAAUAUACAAUUGUUUAUGAAAAAAUAUUUUGAUAUACACUUGAUAAUUAUUAUAAUGAAAUCUCGAGCUAAUUCUAUUUAAUUUUUUUACCAGCUUCCAUUUUAAAAACAUAAAUUUUUAAAAAUCAAAUUAAUACUUGCUUUCCAAUUUUUGUGAAUUGGGAAUUUUUUAAUUUAACAAAAAAUUUAUAUAAAAUUUUUAAAAAAUAAUAACCACUUGCGUGAAAGAACAAAGUUUCUGUUAACUUAUGGAGAGAGAAGUAA